CGGAGCCCCGGAGCCUUGCCCUGGGCGGCCAUGUGGGCUUUGACAGCCUCCCCGACCAGCUGGUCAGCAAGUCGGUCACUCAGGGCUUCAGCUUCAACAUACUCUGUGUGGGUGAGACUGGUAUCGGCAAGUCCACGCUGAUGAACACGCUCUUCAACACAACCUUCGAGACUGAGGAAGCCAGCCACCAUGAGGCGUGUGUGUGCCUGCGGCCCCAGACCUAUGACCUCCAAGAGAGCAAUGUGCAGCUCAAGCUGACCAUCGUGGAUGCUGUCGGCUUUGGGGAUCAGAUCAAUAAGGAUGAGAGUUACAGGCCCAUAGUCGACUACAUCGACGCGCAGUUUGAAAACUAUCUGCAGGAGGAGCUGAAGAUCCGCCGCUCGCUCUUUGACUACCAUGACACAAGGAUCCAUGUUUGCCUCUACUUCAUCACACCCACAGGGCACUCCCUGAAGUCCCUGGAUCUGGUGACCAUGAAGAAACUAGACAGCAAGGUGAACAUAAUUCCCAUCAUCGCCAAAGCUGACACCAUCUCCAAAAGCGAGCUCCACAAGUUCAAGAUCAAGAUCAUGGGUGAGCUGGUCAGCAAUGGGGUCCAGAUCUACCAGUUUCCCACUGAUGACGAGGCUGUUGCAGAGAUUAACGCAGUCAUGAAUGCACACCUGCCCUUUGCCGUGGUGGGCAGCACCGAGGAGGUGAAGGUGGGGAACAAGCUGGUCCGAGCACGGCAGUACCCUUGGGGAGUGGUGCAGGUGGAGAAUGAGAAUCACUGCGACUUUGUGAAGCUCCGGGAGAUGUUGAUCCGGGUAAACAUGGAGGACCUCCGUGAGCAGACCCACAGUCGGCACUACGAGCUCUACCGGCGCUGCAAGUUGGAGGAGAUGGGCUUCCAGGACAGUGAUGGUGACAGCCAGCCCUUCAGCCUACAAGAGACGUACGAGGCCAAGAGGAAGGAGUUUCUGAGUGAACUGCAGAGGAAAGAGGAAGAGAUGAGGCAGAUGUUCGUCAACAAAGUGAAGGAGACAGAGCUGGAGCUGAAGGAGAAGGAAAGAGAGCUCCAUGAGAAGUUUGAGCACCUGAAGCGGGUCCAUCAAGAAGAGAAGCGCAAGGUAGAGGAGAAGCGGCGGGAGCUGGAGGAGGAGACCAGCGCCUUCAACCGCAGGAAGGCUGCGGUUGAGGCCCUGCAGUCUCAGGCCUUGCACGCCACCUCACAGCAGCCCCUGAGGAAGGACAAGGACAAGAAGAAUUAACGCACGCACAGACUUACAUGUCAAGAGUGGACUUAGACUUUCAUGUGUUAAGUUGCUUGAGUUACACCUUGUGGCCCUUCUCCCAUAACAUGGUGCGAGGAUGGACUGGGAGCCGGUACAGACUCCAGUGUUUACAGCCUGCUUUGCACCCCUGCCCCCAACCUGCCCCCAACCUGGCCCCAGGCUGCCCUGGGCCUGGUGGGCCACUCCUUUCUAUGCAAACAUGUUAAAGCCAUGAAUGCUGGAAUCCAAAACUUACGAGGUUUAUUUUUUUCAGAGCCAGUGGCUGGUCUUCCAUUUACAGUGUCACUAUCCCUUGAUGGAGCAGUUAUAUGUGCCGCUCUAGUGAAGGCCCCAACCGGCGAUGCUAGGCCUAAUUGUUCAGCGUCAAGAUGGCAACUCAUGCGGUGCCCUAGGUGCAGCCACGUGGUCUGGUAUACAUGCUGCAAAAUUCAUCUGAUUCCCCUUCAUUUUAAUUAAUUUUUCUAACCUAGAGCUUAAUUUCAAUAACUUUAAAACACUUCUAAAUUUUUAUUUUGGCACCAGCAUAAAGACAAAUAAUAUCCUCUCCCAUUAUUUUCAUAAGUAACACAGAUUCCCUGGUUUUUUAAAACUAAAAGUAUCUCUAAACCUUUCUUAUGUAUAAAGCACCCCUAUAAUAUACAGGGAGAGGUGGGUAAUAAACAUCCUGUACUGACAGUGUUUGGAAUUUCUUUACAAUGAAAAUGGAACAUGAACAAGACCAUGUCCAGUGUUUUUACUGUGAAUGUAAAUGGAACAGCAGCCCAAAGCCGUUGUCUCUGUGCCCCAGAGGUGCUACCUAUAAACCAGGACCAACUCUAUGUGUGUGUGCUAAGUGUCUGACUCCAAUUAAGACUCCCAAACCAAUCCUGCACAUUGCAAAUGGAGAGUGCUCAGUGGGGAAAAAGGCUGUUACCUCGAGGUCAUUGUUUCUUCUUUCCUGGCUGAGUCACAGGGCAAAGACAUGAAGGUGUCUGACAUAUGUAGACAAUUUAAGAGUAAACUAGCAGCAAAGGAGCUUUUCCCUUUCAGCUGUACUCUAAAGGGCAACAUUUUAAGAACAUACUAGCAGCAUUCGUUCUUCUGUGCUCCUGUUGGUUUUCAAGCUACCAGGAAUAUCAGAGUUGAGAAUAUGACCUGGCUAAAUGAGAGAUGAAAAAUGAUUAGAUGAAAGGAAGGAUGUCCUUUAAUGUUGGUGAAGCACUGUGCUAGGCACUGGGGCUACCCAGAGGAACGCUCAGUGCUCCCCUCAAGGAGCUCACAGUCUAGCGCACUCUAGCUGGAAGAAGCCUUAGGAAGUGCUGCUCAUUUAUUGCCGGAUUGACAGUUUGCUUUUCAUACCCUUAUCUUCCUUCCCCUUACUGUUUACCCUUUCCUGCCUGGCCUGCUUUAUUGAUUUCUAGGACCGUGUCCUGGCUUCCUCCUGCCCUUCUGGGAUGAUGUUCCAUUCAGAGUGGGGCAGAAGGGUGAACUGCAUGCUUCCACUGAGGCACGGCAGAAAGAGGCAGACUUUACAUGUGAGGGGCUCCACAUGCCAGGAGUUUUACUGAUGUUCAAAGUGAAAAAUCUCCAAGUGUUAUGCCAUGACCACAGGUGGAUCCAGAUUUGUGGGGCUGAAAGCUUGAACUAUUUAGGAGACUUAUUUAAGAAAAAGAGUAUGAUAUAAAAUUAAAUCUAGGGCCUUGGGAAAGUGUCCUGAAGAUUGAGCUUCAUUAGCUUCACAAAAAACCCACCUCUGGUUGUGACUGAAAACUGAUGCUUCAGUAUGAGUAUCUAAAAAGGUAAAUGAGCAUAUCUAAGGCAAAUGUGGGCUGUGAGUAGUGCAUCUUAGGGUAAUUUAUAUGUCUGAAUGUAUAUUCAGUUAGGUCAAAGCAUGACCUUUAUGAUAGUCUCUCUUGGCUAAUAUAUUUCUGAAAACAAGGCUCAAUGACCCAGCAGGUUCACUGGUUACAUAAGCAAUGAGGACUCCUGGUUCUAGGGCCAACACAGAGACUCUAGAGUGGGCAGAUUCUGCCUCCCAUCCACUGCAGCCUGCAGGCGGUGCCCCAGGUAUACUGCAAGACCUUCCCAGCAUCUCUGGGGAGCCCUGACAGACUUGCAUUUUCUGGGGUCUGAGCUGCCUCCACAGGUCCCGUCAGCUUUAGCAAGCCUCACUCCACCUCUCCCCCUGCUGUUUGUGUCUGGGAUUUUGUCAUCUUUAGCUGAGACCAAAUUAAUCCUUGGUAGUCCUGGAAUGUGACCCCUGUCAGCAGGAUCUGAUUUACCCCUCUUUUUUUUUCAUUGUCACUUGUCGGCAUUAUUAUGACUGUCAUAUAGGAUCAUGUUGGCAUUUACUAUCUUGUUUUUCAUGAAUCAAGUUGCUUUGGGUAGAAUCACCAUAUAACUUAUUAUCCAAACUAGGACUUUUGAGAGAGAAAGGGGAUGCUGUUAAUAAUUAUGCCAGGUCAACAGGAAUAAACCAAAACUGUCCCAGGCAAACCAGGAUGUAUGAUCUCCCUAGUUAUGGGUAAGCUGAGUCUAGACAUUGUGCAGACUGACUGCAUAUGUUUGUAUAUGUCUAUGUGUGGGUCCUCUGUUAAGUGGGGCUCAUAUUACUGGCUAUCAGGCCUGAGGGAAGUGUGGCUUGCUAGUGUGUUAUGUUAACAUGCUUUUCUAAAACUGCUUCACUUGUUAAUUCAUUUACUCCGUCAUUCAUUGACUGUUUUUGUUCCUUUCCAUUCACUUUGUAUUCAUUUUUUUUUCAUUAAAUUUUGCAUUUAUUUUGA